AUGGACGGCCCCGACAACGCAUCCCUGCCCUUCGCCCCGUCCUCGCUGCUGCCGGACAACUACACCCUGUCACCCAAUGCCAGCAGCGCGAGCCCCAGCGCGGACUUCGCCCCGGCCCCGGCCUCCAGCGCCAGCCCCGGGCUCAGUCUCGGGCCGGGUCCGAGCGUCCCCUUCAGCACCAGCCCCGCGCCGACCCCGGGGCCGACGACCAGCAGCUUCGCCGGCGGCACGGCCAGCCCGGGUCCGUCCCUGUUCCCUGGGCUCUGGGCCGUGCACGGGCCCCCGUUCUGGGACACGCCGCUGAACCACGGGCUGAACGUGUUCGUGGGCGCCGCCCUGUGCAUCACCAUGCUGGGCCUGGGCUGCACCGUGGACGUGAGCCACUUCGGGGCGCAGCUCCGCCGGCCCCUGGGCGCGCUGCUGGCCGCGCUCUGCCAGUUCGGCUUCCUGCCGCUGCUCGCCUUCCUGCUGGCCCUCGCCUUCAAGCUGGACGAGGUGGCCGCCGUGGCCGUGCUCCUGUGUGGCUGCUGUCCCGGCGGAAAUCUCUCCAAUCUCAUGUCCCUGCUGGUGGACGGCGACAUGAACCUCAGCAUCAUCAUGACCAUCUCCUCCACGCUUCUGGCCCUGGUCUUGAUGCCCCUGUGCCUGUGGAUCUACAGCCGGGCUUGGAUCAACACCCCUCUGGUGCAGUUACUGCCCCUCGGGGCCGUGACCCUGACUCUCUGCAGCACUCUCAUCCCUAUCGCCUUGGGCGUCUUCAUUCGCUACAAAUACAACCGGGUGGCUGACUACAUUGUGAAGGUUUCUCUGUGGUCUCUGCUAGUGACUCUGGUGGUCCUUUUCAUAAUGACGGGCACUAUGUUAGGACCUGAACUGCUGGCAAGUAUCCCUGCAGCUGUUUACGUGGUAGCGGUUUUUAUGCCUUUGGCAGGCUACGCCUCAGGCUAUGGCUUAGCUACUCUCUUCCGUCUUCCACCCAACUGCAAGAGGACUGUAUGUCUGGAAACAGGCAGUCAGAAUGUGCAGCUCUGUACUGCCAUUCUAAAACUGGCCUUUCCACCACGAUUCAUAGGAAGCAUGUACAUGUUUCCCUUGCUUUAUGCCCUUUUCCAGUCUGCGGAAGCGGGGAUUUUUGUUUUAAUAUAUAAAAUGUAUGGAAGUGAAAUACUGCACAAACGAGAUCCUCUAGAUGAAGAUGAAGAUACAGAUAUUUCUUAUAAGAAACUAAAAGAAGAAGAAAUGGCAGACACUUCCUAUGGCACCGUGAAAGCAGAUAAUUUAAUAGUGAUGGAAACCACCCAGACUUCUCUCUAA